AUGUCCUACUACUUCACCAUUAUCGGCACAAAAGAUAACCCCCUCUUCGAGCACGAGUUCGGCACCUCGAAGCAAGGCGGAGAUGGCGUGGCACGUUUCCGCGAAGAAGCACGGCACAUGAACCAGUUCAUCGCGCAUGCCAGUCUAGACAUUGUCGAAGAAGUGCAAUGGGCGAGCGGCCAGAUGUACCUCAAGCUCCUCGACCGCUUCCCGCCCGCCACCUACAUCUCAGCCUUCAUAACCGCCAACAAUGUCAAGUUCCUCCUCCUGACCUGCCCCUCCGACUCCGCCCCGUCCCGAUCUUCCAUCACCUCCGCCGCCUCGGCCCGUUCGUCCAGCUACCCCUCCAGCGCGACCUACAACCCCACUGCACCGGCUACCGAAGAGGCGGUCAAGAGCUUCUUCUACGAGGUAUACGAUGCCUGGCUCAAGACGCUGAUGAGCCCGUUCUAUCAUAUCAAUACGCCGAUUGGGAGUCCGGUAUUUCGGGGCAGGGUUGCGGCGGCGGCGAAGAAGUAUCUGUAG